UCGGCAAGUUGAACGGACGCGAAUUGCAAGUUGCUUUUUUUCUAAAUACUAAAAUUAAAUUAAUAUUAGAGGAUGGGUCUACGGAGUUCCAAAGCAAAGCAGAGCUACGCAGUGACAAACUCGGAACACCAAAAGCAGUCAGUAGCAAAGAAAGUUCAGCAGGAGAACGCUGAAACUACUGUUCCACCCACCAAGAUUGAACGGAGCAAUUUGGUUCCCAAGUGGCUACAUGAAACCCAAUUUGUGGAAUUACUUACCGCCAAUGUGGAUCAGUUCUCAAAAAUAGUGGACUUCCGGGUGAAGCCCGCCAUGUCCCCCGGAGAAAACUAUGCCACUUUAAUGCUGAGGAUCAGCAUAGAUGUGGAGCUCAUUGACAAGAGCAAGAAGCUGGUAUCCUUUAUGAUGAAGGUACCCCAUGAUACGCCGCAAAUGGAGCAAAUGAUGUCCAUUGCCAACUUCUUUACCAGCGAGAAUGCGGCAUAUAUUGACAUUCUACCAAAGCUGGAGGAGCUCUACAAGGCCAAGGGCGUAGACAUAACAUUCGCUCCAAGAGCUUUUAAACUGGACUCAACCAAGGAGCCUAAGCUAGCCAAUACGGUUCUAAUGCACGACCUCGGCCAGGAUGGGUACAAAAACCUUAAUCGUUUGGAAUGUCUUAACUUAGAACAAACUAAGUUCGCCCUUACAAAAUUGGCACAGUUCCAUGCAGCUGGUGCCAUGAUGGUUCAGGUGCAUGGACCUUAUCCUGAUUUAUUCUUGUACGGUAUGAUGGGAAAUAACAAGGAUGCUAUAAAGGCGUUUAUGGAUGGAAUGUUGGGAUCCUUUCGAACAGCAUUUUUGUCUAAUCUGAAUAAGUUUAAGAACGGAGAGGCCUUUAGGGAGAAACUUGAAAAAGUUCUUGCAAAUCUCACUACAGAGUUCAUGAAAAUCGGUGUCAUAGACCCACUUGAAUUCAAUGUACUCAGCCAUGGUGAUUGUUGGAUGAAUAAUCUCCUAUUCAAAGUCGACUCCAAGGGCAAUUUGGAGGAUAUGGUAUUUGUAGAUUUCCAGAACCCCAAAUACGGCACUCCCACCAUGGACCUACUCUACUUCAUCAUGACCUCGGUGCAAAUUGACUAUAAGCUUGAUUACUUUGACUUCUUCAUCAGGCAUUACCACGAACAGCUGACCAAGAACUUAGAUAUCUUAGGAUAUACUGGCCGACAGCCUUCGUUGAAGGAAUUACACACUAAGUUGAUUAAGUACGGCGGAUGGGUACUAUUCCCAACUAUCGCUGUACUGCCAGUGGUUCUUUUGGACCCCAAAGAGUCGGCCACAAUGGAUAAUUUCAUGGGAGAGUCCGAAGAAGGCGUUAAUUUCAGAAACGAUUUGUACUCUAACAAGAGAUAUCAUGGAUACAUCGAAAGAAUUCUACCUUGGUUGGAAAAUCGUGGUUUUUUGGAAGUCAGCACUGAGCCAAUCCCAGAUCAACCGCCAGCACCGGAGCCUCUUAAACAGUCCCAAGAUGAGAGUCCUGAUCAGAUUUUGGACUGGCUAAAUGUUAACGACUUUAAGGAGAUAGUUUCAUCCACCGAACCCAAUUUUGAUAAGAUUAUAAACGGUUCUUGGAGCUUAGCCACGAAACCUGGAGACAAUUUUGCUUCUAAGCUUUUAAAGGUUGAUAUCAAGGCGCAGUUAAAAGACAAUAGCGUCAAGUCCUUUUCGUACAUCCUGAAACUGCAAACAGCCACUGACACGAUUAACUUCUCCGACUUCAACCUGUUUCCUAAGGAGAUCGAGAUGUACGCCAAAUAUGUACCUGCUUUUGAGCAGCUCUAUAAGGAAGUCGGAUUGCCGGUGACAUUUAGUGCCAAGUCCUUCCGCAUUACGAAGGAUGUCAGCGAAGAAUACAUUAUUUUGGAGAACCUACAACCGGCUGGCUUUAAGAUGUGUGAUCGCAUGAAGGGAAUGGACAUGGAGCACACCAAGUGCUCCCUAAAAAAACUAGCCCAGUGGCAUGCAGCCUCUCUGAAAUAUAAGGAACUCAAUGGACCUUACCCGCCAAAAUACAACAAUGGCAUUUUCACAGAGCAGACUGCUGCAGUUUUCAAGGGUAUAUUUGCUCAAACAAAGAAAUCAUUUUUAGAAGAAGUGUCCAAGUUUGAUGGCGUCAAUGAGUACCUGCAAAAAUUGCCGACGGUUUUAGAUAAUCAUGUGGACAAAAUCAUUGAAGAAGCGAAAAUCAAUGAGCAGGAGUUCAAUGUGCUUAAUCAUGGUGAUGCCUGGAUUAACAACAUCAUGUUCCAAUACGACUCAGAGGGUCAUGUCAAGGAAACCUUCCUACUGGAUCACCAAGUCACGAAAUAUGGAAGUCCUGCCCAGGACUUGUACUACUUCAUAAUGAGCUCCACUCAUCUUGAUAUUAAAGUUGAUCAGUUUGACUAUCUCAUCCGGUGGUAUCAUCAAAACUUAAAUGAGCAUGCCAAAUUGUUAAAGUACAAUGGUUUUAUACCCUCUCUAAAGGAACUGCAAGCCAUUUUGCUAAAGCAUCCCAUUUUCGCGGCUGAAACUAUCUUGACCACCCUGACGAUUUGCCUAAACAAGGCAGAUGAAAAUUUCUCGACCGAUAGCUUUUUAGGAGAGAAUAAGGAGGCCGAAUCCCUGAGAUCGGCACUUUUCAGCAACGAGCGCUACAGGGCCAACAUUGAGCGCGUUAUGCCUUGGUUAAAUAGACGAGGACUGCUUGAUGCUUUUGCUGAAAAAAGUCAAUAAAUUUAAACUGACUGAAACAAUACAAAUAUUUUUGAAUAUC